GAAAAGAAAAAAACAAAUAAUACGCUCCAGCGGAGGGCAGUGUCCGGUCCGGUCCGGUCUUAUUUCCUGUCGUCCUCUCCCGCCUCGCUUCAAUCGGCUUGAUCUCUCUUCUGCGUCCGAGGAAGCUGCUGUCUGGUGAGCUGACGCCGGUCCCCGACCACUUCGCCGUCGAUUGGGAGCCCAGACGCCCUUCAGAUUGCAAAACAACUCUGCUUCAGGGGUAUUUUUAACAAAGUGCUUGGACGAGGAACCCCAGAACAGAUGGCAAGUGAAGAAGAGAGUGCUGUGAAAGAGCCUUUGGAUCUCAUCAGACUCAGUCUUGAUGAGCGAAUCUAUGUUAAGCUCCGAUCUGACAGAGAGCUCCGAGGCAAACUUCAUGCAUAUGAUCAGCAUUUGAAUAUGAUUCUUGGGGAUGUUGAAGAAAUUGUUACUACUGUAGAAAUCGAUGAUGAAACUUAUGAAGAGAUAGUCAGGACAACAAGGCGCACAGUUCCUUUUCUCUUUGUUAGAGGAGAUGGCGUCAUAUUGGUUUCUCCUCCCCUCAGGACGGCUUAAUUUUGAUGAAGUUCAGGGUGUAUUCUGACGGCAAAAUGACAUGUUUCUCAAAUAUACUGGGAUGUGGCUGUCUUUCUCAAUGAAUGGCUAUGUUUCUGUAAACUUAUUAGAUUUUGAAAAGAAGGAUUAAAAGUGCCGAGUGCCAAAAUCUGUAUUCUCUUUUUGUAUGCUUUGUUUAUGAUUGUGUACCAGCUUUCAAUUAGUUUGAAUCUAAAGCGUUUCAGUUGAGGGCA